AUGGCUGGAAAGAAGAGGAAAGAUCAUAAUGAGUUUGUUGCAUUUGCUGUGGUAAUGCAAAUUGGAGCUAUUCAAGAUGGAAGGAUGAUAAGCAAGAAGAGGUUGAUUAGUGGAAGAGUGCAGAAUAAUAAUCAUCACGUUAAAGUCUGUUUGAAAGACGCCGAAGUCAGGGUUAAUUACCCUGACAAAAUAUUACAGACACUUAUAAAUAAUACUGGAUCUCGUAUAGCCUUCCUCUUCCUUAAAAUGUAUCAUGAACGAUUUGACGACGAUUUUCAUACUAAAAAAAUGGAUAUUUUAUGUCAAAUCGAUUUAUCCUAUAUUUUAAUGUUUCAAAGGGAGGAAAUGCAAUCAAACGAGGAGAUAACAGAAGACUCCUUGUUUUAUCAAUUACUCGACUAUAUAUUCUCUAUGCCAGGACUACUCGCAAUAGCUCAACUUAGGUCAGCUCAAUCAUACCCUGACAAUACAAUUCUCCUUCGCUUUGUAAAGCCUAUAAACAUUUCGUGCAACGAACCUGAAGUUUUCUUACGCAUCGUUUAUCCCAAUGCAACUGUCACUAAACUAGAUAUUCCAUUAUCACCAGAGUUAAUUAGUACGUGUGUUGGAUAUGGGCAGGACUUUGUGCAAGUCGACGUCAUUCCUCCUCAUUAUCUGCUACUUUCGUACAUAACAAAGACGCUUGUUAAUGGGGAUCCAACGCAGAUACGAUUUCAGCGAAUAGGUUAUAUAAUCGACGUCAAUGGCCAAACACCCAACGGCAGUCAGAUUCAACUAACCGAGGCAGUUAUAGUACCGAGCAAUGCAAUUAUAGUUCCUAAUAUCAACGAAGAAGAUGGAUUUUUACUUACAUAUCAGAUGACAUACGAUAAUAUGAUUGGAUGGUCAAAAUGGAGCGCAGUCAGCCAAGAGAACCAGACUUUUACUAAAUUAGCAAGCGGUAAUCUUCCAGCUGUCCACAAUGCAUAUCCCUUUGCAACUACAAACGGUGGAUAUGGAAUAGCAUAUACAGUCUUUUCUUCAACUGCAGACAUACCAUGGAAGGCUAUCGUGCAACUAAUGGAAUCAGACUCGAAUGACUUUGGACAAACAUAUAUUAUUCACGAGGCCGACUUGGCAUUUUCCGACUUUCGUGUACAUUAUUGUGAUUUUGCGUACGCUGGAGCAGGAUACAAUUGCGUAUUAAAAUUAGAACAGAAGAAUGCAACAACUGGGGCUACGCGUGUUACCUUCAUGAUAGCAAACUUUCUUACUUCUGGAUCAGUUGUUCGAUUAGAUAAGUUGGGAUUCGAUGGCGUAACCCUUCCGUUUGAUGAUAUUACAUCUCUCUUCUAUGGCGGAUUUUUGGUGACGUUUUACAAUAAACCUAGCAUAGACGUUGACAGUGUCGUUGGUUACACGUUCCGUAACAACGGUUCUAAUGCUGGCCAGUGGGAUAUACCUGAUACAGUCAGAGUAUCUGAUACCUAUACUUUGUUAAGUAACAACACCCUUGUUGCCGUAUCGGAAAUUCAAAGCUACAGUUGGAAACUAGUUAGCACGGAUUUGAAUAAAUUCGUAGACGAUAAGGGUUAUGGUAAUCUCAACAUUAGCACGACUGAACCAAGGAUCAAUGCUAGUUUUCCGAUUCCGCGAGCGUCAAUCAACAUCACGUUUAUACAGCCAGUGUCGCUGUCGUAUGGAAACAUUUCCAUCUACCAAUACGACUCAACGGGGGGAAAAUUGCUGCGACAGACGGUGUCCGGGAUGUCGCCGUAUGUGCAAGCGAAAAAUGACGGAUAUGCCGUAUCAGUCAAAGUUCUCGAAAGUACAUUUAAUCAGCCGGGUGCAUCCUAUUAUGUAACGACGGACAACGACUUUGUUAAAUCAAAGCAGUUGGACGAACCGAUAUUUGGAAUAGCAAAAAAUAAAUGGAUUUUUAGCAGACAAGAAUUGAACGAUAAUGUAAAAGAUGAAGGAACGCUUGCUUUGUUACGACUCGGCCAAAACGGAACAGCAUACUUUAGUAACUUGGAUAAAAAUGGAAUGAACGAGUUUUUUGACGAGAUACUUUCUGAAUUGGUUGCUGUCAUUCCACUGCAACCAGGCAGGUUGACUACGUCAAAGAAACAUCAAUUCGACACUGCAAAUUCUUCCAAUGUUCUACUUCAAUUUCGUGUUGAGGCUGGUAACAUUUCCGAACCAAGUACCAAACAAGUUAUUACCGAUCUGGAUACAAUGGUGAAGAACAAAGCCAUUACUCCACUUGUUACUAAACCGCUUGCAUCCAUGCUUGAUGAGACAUUCGGAUUUAAACCUAUACCUGAUCUGUGGCAAAAAUACAAAAUGAGGCUUUUGUACUUGAUUGCAUUUUUCAUGUUAAUGCUCAUAUCUUUUGUCGCCGCACACCGCUUAUCUCCAGAGUCAAGGAAUUGGGCCAUAUUUCCGAUUACUUUUAUCUGCAUAGACUAUGCAUUAGACAUUGCUUUUAUUGUCAGACAUGGAAACGACGUACCAUCACUAUAUUAUCCAAGGUAUUUUUACGAUACGCAUUUCAUCGACUCGUAA